AGUGAGAGGUCGAUUCUGGUAGAACUGUGUCACGCUGACCUCUGGAGCUCGUUUCACAACCUCGGCACGGAGAUGAUCAUUACCAAAUCUGGGAGGCGGAUGUUCCCAGCCCUCAAGCUCCGGAUUACCGGAUUAAAUCCAACAAAAAUGUUUCACGUCAAGCUUGAGUUUUGUCAACCUGAUACUCGCAAGUACAGGUAUAUUUAUCACAGUUCCCGGUGGAUGGUGUCUGGAUCAGGUGACACAAUGACGUCAGUACCCUGUCACGUGAUUCAGGAAGGACCAAUCAGCGGCCAGGCCAUUUGUUCACAAAUAGUUUCAUUCGAGAGACUGAAGAUGACGAACAGCGACCUCUCCAAAGCCGGGCAGGUGUCGCUAGUUUCCAUGCAGAAGUUCCAGCCGCAAGUGGUUCUGGAGGAGGUACAAGCAGACGUAGAUCGGGCGGAGAGAUACGUCAUCUUCUUCCCGCAGACGUCAUUCAUGGCCGUCACGGCUUAUCAAAACCAACAGAUCACCACGCUAAAAAUAGCCAGCAACCCGUUCGCCAAGGGGUUCAGGGAGUCUGGGAAAACCAGGGUGCCUUACGAAGCUGUCAUGGCGCACUACCCAAGCUUGCUCACGUACAAAACAAAUGGCUUUUCUCCGGGAUGCUCUCCCCUUGUGCCAGGACUUUUUCAACGAGGCAGUCUAAAUUCAGGGAAACGGUGUUUAGACCAGCGCUCGUACGCUCAUCCCUCUGAAAAAAUACCCAGAAAAGAUAUCCCAAAAUCAGCCACGAUAGAAGGUGACCUUUCAUCACUGAGCCCAACCUUCCCACAACAAUACACAUUCGCCCUGCCUGGCCAGCCUUGUCCAGUUGACCAGAGGCUGUCCCUGCUGUACAGCCAACAGCUGCUGUACGCCCAGCUCCACCAGGACAGCCUGCAGGCUUCCAUCCCCAGCUAUGACGUAACCAACGGCUCCUGUCGUCUGAACGCUUUACCACUGACGAGUAUCUUCUGCCCCUCAGCACUUUCUGGUCUCUCCGCGAGUUAUCUCAACCCUCCAGCUAAACUCUCCAAGAAAUAUUCCAAAAAUUCUUCAGACUUUUUCAAAAACAGUCCGUCACCCACUACAGCAGACGUAUCUAAGAAUUCUGUGUUAUGCACUAACAUAAAUGAAUCUAUAAGCCCCGCCCACUCAUUGAGAAACAUGUCAAAUCAAAGAACAGAAAACAGUAAUUGUAUCGCAGAACGCGGGCUGCCAGAGAACGGAUUCGACACGCCACAUCGUCACACUGAAUCUUUUCUAGAACAAUCUACCACGGACCUGAUUUUACCGCGGACAGUGCGCAAGUUCAAGGACAGAUACCGCGUGAACGGCGCGCGCAGGUCUUCGCUGAGCGAUUUAGCACUGAGAUCCUCACUACAAGCACCUCGCUGUCGAACUGAACCCACCGCCUGUAGGAGUAAAGAGAAACAUGACGGACAUGACGUCACGCGGGACCGUUACCACGUGACGGAUGACGGACAUUUAAUCGGCGCUGGAGUCCGGACAUAUUUAUUUUAAAAUGUAAUUUUUAAAAGACUAUUUAUUCAUCUGUCUCGGGGUUCUGA